CAGGAGCACUAAUGACUGUAAUUUUCUAUGAAUUUAGGGUUACCUAACACCAUUUCAAAAUGUUCUCUCGAAGUCCACUUGUUGCCAAUAACCACUGUGCUCAUUUAUUCACUCACUUAGAAAUUAAGGUCAAGUGAUAUUUGCUUCUUCCUUCGGUUAAAUUGCCGGAUACUGCUUUACAUCAAUGAGCAAUAGUUAAAUCUGAUCCCUAGCAAGCCGAAGCAUCAAUCCAAGUCACCAUGUGCUCUCUUUAUUUUGAUAUUUAAGAUUGCAGAGACAAAGAAGGACCCAUAAAUUGUUCGAAUUAAUGGCAAAUUCAUCUUCCGGAGCUUCUCAAAUGAAAUUUGUUCUUGUUCUUUUUCUCCUGUUUAUUUCCGGAUUGAUGGAUGUAGCAUCAGAGCAAAUGCCAGCAGAUAGCGUUCCUCAGAUAAAGUAUGAUGUCUUUGUAAACUUUAGGGGCGAGGACAUCCGUCACAGUUUUCUUGGUUAUUUGACUGAGGCUUUUUAUCAAAAGCAAAUAAAUGCCUUUGUAGAUGAUAAACUUGAGAAGGGAGAUGAAAUAUGGCCUUCACUUGUUGGAGCAAUUCAGGGAUCAUCGAUUUCAUUGACCAUAUUCUCCGAAAACUAUACUUCUUCACGUUGGUGUUUGGAUGAACUUGUGAAAAUACUUGAGUGUAGGGAGAAAUACGGACAAAUUGUAAUACCUGUUUUCUACGGUGUAAAUCCCACAGAUGUACGGCAUCAGAAGGGGAGUUAUGGAGAAGCUCUUGCUCAACUUGGAAAGAAAUAUAAUUUGACCACCGUGCAAAACUGGAGAAAUGCUUUAAAGAAGGUUGCUGAUUUAUCAGGGAUAAAAUCAUUUGAUUACAAGACUGAAGUUGAACUGCUUGGAGAAAUCAUCAACAUUGUCAAUCUUGUGUUGACGAGUUUGGAUAAGUUUGAUCCUGAAUCAAGUAGACUUAUAGGAAUUGACAAACAAAUUCAACAUUUAGAAUCACUGUUACAUCAAGAAUCAAAAUACGUCCGUGUUAUUGGAAUUUGGGGUAUGGGCGGUAUUGGAAAGACAACAAUUGCGGAAGAAAUAUUUAGCAAACUACGCUCCGAAUAUGAUGGUUAUUAUUUUCUGGCAAAUGUAAAGGAAGAAUCAAGCAGACAAGGAACAAUUUAUUUGAAGAGAAAACUAUUUUCUGCAAUACUUGGAGAAGAUGUGGAAAUGGAUCAUAUGCCUAGAUUGUCAAAUUAUAUUAAGAGAAAGAUUGGUCGUAUGAAGGUUUUAAUUGUGCUUGAUGAUGUGAAUGAUUCAAAUUUACCAGAAAAAUUAUUUGAAAACCAUGAUUGGUUUGGACGAGGUAGUAGAAUUAUUAUUACAACCAGAGAUAAACAAGUGCUUAUCGCUAAUAAAGUUGAUGAUAUAUACCAAGUUGGGGCCUUGAACAACAGUGAAGCACUUGAGCUUUUUAGUUUGUAUGCCUUUAAUCAAAAUCAUUUUGAUAUGGAGUAUUAUAAGCUUUCAGAGAUGGUGGUCAAUUAUGCCAAAGGCAUCCCAUUGGUUCUUAAAGUUUUGGGUCGUCUUCUUUGUGGGAAAGAUAAGGAAGUAUGGGAAAGUCAGCUACACAAACUUGAAAACAUGCCAAAUACAGAUAUUUACCAUGCAAUGAGAUUGAGUUUUGAUGAUCUAGAUCGCAAAGAACAGAAGAUUCUUUUAGAUCUUGCAUGUUUCUUCAUAGGAUUGAAUUUGAAACUGGACAGCAUAAAAGUUUUAUUGAAAGACAAUGAAAGAGAUGAUUCAGUGGUUGCUGGGUUAGAAAGGUUGAAAGAUAAAGCUCUUGUAACCAUUUCUGAAGAUAAUGUUAUAUCUAUGCACGAUAUCAUACAAGAAAUGGCUUGGGAGAUUGUGCGCCAAGAAUCAAUUGAGGAUCCUGGAAACCGUAGCCGAUUGAUCGAUCCUAAUGACGUUUAUGAAGUAUUAAAAUAUAACAAGGGGACUGAGGCCAUAAGAAGCAUAAGAGCAAACUUGCCAGCAAUUCAGAAUCUGCAGUUAAGCCCUCACGUGUUUAACAAGAUGAGCAAACUACAGUUUGUCUAUUUUAGAAAAAAUUUUGAUGUAUUUCCUCUUCUUCCUCGUGGGCUUCAAUCUUUCCCAGCUGAGCUAAGAUAUCUUUCUUGGUCGCAUUACCCUCUGAUAUCUUUGCCAGAGAAUUUUUCUGCCGAAAACCUUGUUAUAUUUGACUUGUCAGGUAGCCUAGUGUUAAAAUUAUGGGAUGGAGUGCAGAACUUGAUGAAUUUGAAAGUACUUACAGUCGCGGGUUGUUUAAACUUGAAGGAGCUUCCAGACCUUUCGAAAGCCACAAAUCUUGAAUUUCUGGAGAUCAGCUCUUGUUCUCAGUUGCUUAGUAUGAAUCCAUCUAUUUUGUCUCUCAAGAAGCUCGAGAGAUUGUCUGCUCAUCACUGUUCCCUUAACACGCUCAUAAGCGAUAAUCAUUUAACCUCCCUUAAAUAUCUCAACCUUCGAGGGUGCAAGGCACUAAGCCAAUUUUCAGUGACAUCAGAGAAUAUGAUUGAACUAGAUUUAUCAUUCACCAGUGUCAGUGCAUUUCCCUCAACUUUUGGACGUCAAAGCAAUCUCAAAAUCCUAAGUCUUGUCUUCAAUAACAUUGAGAGCUUGCCUUCAAGCUUCAGGAAUCUUACAAGAUUGCGAUAUCUGAGUGUAGAAAGUUCCAGGAAGCUUCAUACUCUGUCUCUAACAGAGCUUCCCGCAUCCCUUGAAGUUCUUGAUGCUACAGAUUGCAAAUCAUUGAAGACUGUAUACUUCCCAUCAAUUGCUGAACAAUUCAAGGAAAAUAGGAGAGAGAUUCUCUUUUGGAAUUGCUUGGAAUUGGAUGAACAUUCUCUCAAGGCUAUUGGCUUCAAUGCACGUAUUAACGUCAUGAAAUCUGCGUACCAUAAUUUAUCUGCAACAGGUGAAAAAAAUGUUGAUUUCUAUCUCAGAUAUAGUAGAUCUUAUCAAGUAAAGUAUGUAUAUCCAGGAAGCAGCAUUCCAGAGUGGUUGGAGUAUAAGACAACAAAGGAUUAUUUAAUUAUUGAUCUUUCUUCUACUCCACACUCCACUCUGUUGGGCUUUGUUUUCAGCUUUGUUAUUGCUGAGUCUAAGGAUCACAACAGAGCAGUAUUUCUUGACUAUCCAUUUUAUAUCACUGUCAGUGAAGGCGAGGGUGAAAGUGAAAAGGGUGGUAUUGACAUCUUUGUGUCUCACACAGUUAGGGUUGAAUCCGGUGUGUGUGUGAUGUAUGACCAGGAAUGUUCUCACUACCUACACAGUAGAGCCAAAAAUCAGACACGGCUUAAAAUAAAGGUUACAACAAAGGAAGUGGCUCCAAGCGAUUCAAAACGGGGUCUGGAGUUAAAAGGGUUUGGGGUCACCCCAAUAACUUACUCAGUAUAUCAGAAUUUCAUUCAAGAAAUAAACAGCUCGGCUGAUCAUAGUUUCAAUCAACAAGUGAACACCUCAGCUGAUCACAGUUUCAUUCAACAAACAAAUUCCCCAGCAAAUCACAGUUUCAUUCAGCAAACAAAUUCCUCAGCAAAUCACAGUUUCAUUCAGCAAAUAAACACCUCAGCAGAUCACAGUUUCAUUCAACAAGUAAAUUUCUCCGCAGACCACAUUUUCAUUCAACAGAUGGAAGUGCCCAGCUCUAUGCUUUUCACUCAAAUACUUGCUAUCAUCAUCAUCUUGCUUAUACCCUUCUGGUUUCUGGUUGUUAAGAGGCGCAGACUUUAAUUUAGACAUAAGACUUUCAAUGUGAAUUCUUGUUAUAGUUAUAGUUAUAGUAUAUGAAGACCUUCUGAGUGCUUUAUAAUUUAUACAAACAGAAAUAAGCUUCAUUGAUAUUUCAAUAUACUUAAAAGGAUGCUGUUUAUGUCUA